CCACUCCCACUCCCACUCCAAACCCUAACCGCACUCCUCCGCAAUUCGCUGGGACCCCGAGAUCCGCUCCCCCGCAUGCCGUGACUGCCCCGGCGGCGCGGCAGGCCGGGCCGAGUGACCCGCGUGGCCCCCCGGCGCAGCCACCAUGGGCUGCGUGUGCGGCCGCCCCGCGGCCAUCGACGACGGCCGGUGCGGCCAGACACCUCCGCCGGCGGGGAAGCUCUCGGCUGCGGGAGUGGCCGUGCUGAGGAGGGAGGAGGAGGCUCGGAAGCAGGCGAGGGCACGGGAUGAGGCGCUCGAGAGGAGGCGGGCGGCCGCGAUGGCCAUGGCGGCGUGCCAGGUGAGGAGCCCGGUGCCGAGGGCGUUGGAGGCGGAGCAGGUGGCGGCCGGGUGGCCGCCGUGGCUCGCCUCCGUCGCCGCCGAGGCCGUGCGCGGCUGGGUGCCGCGCCGCGCCGAGUCCUUCGAGAAGCUCGACAAGAUUGGUCAGGGAACAUACAGUAAUGUCUACAGAGCUCGUGAUCUUGAAAAACAGAAGAUUGUUGCUCUAAAGAAAGUACGCUUUGAUAAUUUGGAGCCCGAGAGUGUGAAAUUCAUGGCCAGGGAAAUCCUCAUUUUGCGACGGCUUGAUCAUCCAAAUAUUAUUAAGCUGGAGGGUCUAGUAACCUCAAGGAUGUCCUGUAGCUUAUAUCUUGUUUUUGAGUACAUGGAGCACGACCUAGCUGGCCUAGCUUCUUUUCCUGGACUAAAAUUGACCGAGCCUCAGGUUAAAUGUUACAUGCAACAGCUACUCCGUGGCCUUGAGCAUUGUCAUAGUCGUCACAUUCUGCACCGCGAUAUUAAGGGUUCCAAUCUCUUGAUUGAUAACCGAGGCAUACUGAAGAUAGCUGAUUUUGGCUUAGCAAGUUUCUUUGAUCCUGAACAAAGACACCCUUUGACUAGUCGUGUGGUCACACUUUGGUAUAGACCACCAGAACUUCUGCUUGGUGCCACAAAUUAUGGUGUUGCAGUAGAUCUGUGGAGUACCGGCUGCAUUCUUGCUGAGCUAUAUGCUGGCAAGCCUAUCAUGCCCGGUAGAACAGAGGUUGAGCAGUUGCAUAAAAUAUUUAAACUUUGUGGUUCGCCAUCAGAGGACUAUUGGAGGAAGUCUAAACUUCCCCAUGCGACCAUUUUUAAGCCGCAGCAUCCAUAUGCAAGGCGUGUUACUGACACAUUUAAAGACUUUCCUUCACCUGCUCUAGCAUUAGUAGAUGUUCUUCUUUCAGUAGACCCAGCCGAUCGACGGACGGCGUCUUCUGCGUUGCAAAGUGAGUUUUUUACAACAAAACCAUAUGCUUGCAAUCCUUCAAGUUUGCCAAGAUAUCCCCCCAGCAAAGAGUAUGAUGCAAAACGCCGAGAGGAGGAAGGCCGAAGGCAAGGUACUGCUGGAGGAAAGCAACAUCCUGAAAGAAGAACUAGAGAGUCAAAAGCAGUCCCUGCACCUGAUGCAAAUGCAGAACUAGUAUCAUCUUUGCAGAAGAGGCAAGCCCAAGCCAAUACCAAGAGCAGGAGUGAGAUGUUCAAUCCUUGCAAGGAAGACUCCGCAUCUGGAUUUCCAAUUGAACCACCCAGUUCAACUCACAUCAUUGAAUUAUCCGGAGACUCCAAACACGUCUACCCAACGAGAACCUUCCAUUCUGGGCCUUUAGUGAACCCGUCAAAGACUGGAACAAGCAAACACGGAGAACAUCAUGUACGUGCCGUUGCGGAUCCCCGGGAUUUUCCUGUGGCUGUAUCAGCAAAACCAGAUACGCGUCCGGAUGACAGCAAUGGGUUUACUCAAGCUGAAGCAUUUGCUCAUGGACGGAGGCUGUCUGAAUCUAUUAACGGGCACUUCAGUGGUAGCGGGAAGUACGACCAAGUAUUCCACCAGAAAGAUGAUAAGAGCGCCGGCCGGGUGGAUGGAGGAGGAGCUAUUGGCUACGGAUCGAAAGGCAACAAGAUCCACCAUUCGGGGCCGCUGACCUCCUGCCCUUCGGGCAACGUUGACGAGAUGCUCAAGGAGAACGACCGGCAGAUCCAGGAGGUUUUCCGGCGAACCCGGGUGGAGAAGUCGAGGGUGAGGAGGGCCCAUGGGCACGGCGUGGAGGCCGGGCUAAGAGACUUGGGCGCUGUCCCGGUCUUCCCUUCCAGCCGCUCCAGCUACCGGGCCGCGCCCCAGUGAUAGUAACCUGGACGGUGUAGGCUGGCAGUGUAAGUUGAUAUAGCUUAGAGGUUUUCAUUGCGUCUUCUCCCCCCUUAUUAAUUCCCGGGGGAUACACAGCAUAUUCUGUACAGGAAAGACUCGGCCGUGUAAUAUUUGCCUGUAGGAAUUACCACGGAGGGGAGUUGAGGGGAGGGAGAAGGCGAUUUGUUUAAUUGCGAGGUAAUUUGGGUGUUGUUGAAA